UGGAUCCUCGACACACUGCGACCAUGUCACUGCCUCGAACCACGGCCGCCGUCGCGCGCUCCAGCUCGACACUCUUGCGAUUCGCCGCCCCGUCCUUCACUCCCCGCAGGUGCCCGCAAUGCGCGCGGACGUUUGCCUCAUCGAUAGCGUACCGACAGUCAGCUAAGCGGCAGAUGCAGACAGCGACUGCGUAUCAGCCCUAUUCGCUGCACCCCCAGCCGCCACCACCGAGAAAUGCUGGUGUACCUGACACAUCGAUAGCGGGUGGAGCAGCCGAGGCAAACAAAGCGAAAACCCCACAACUACCGCCGCAAGAGCACGUCGCAGCGACGCCAUCCGAGCAACCGAAUGUGAGCAUACCCGAGGGCGAGGCACAGAAGUCGCAGCAAGCGCCGGGCUCCAGCAAGCCUUUGCGGCCGCGCCGUUACAACUUCGGUCCACGGAAAGCGACUAUCAAGCUAUCGCCCUCGGCGGUGUCACACCUUCGCGAACUUCUCGAGUUACCGGAGCCAAAGCUGAUCCGGAUAGGCACAAGGGCAAAGGGCUGCUCAGGACUGGCGUAUCACCUCGAGUAUGUGGACAAGCCAAGCCCGCUGGACGAGCAGGUGGAGCAGGAUGGCGUCAAGGUUUUGAUCGACAACAAGGCGCUGCUGAACAUUAUUGGCAGUGAGAUGGACUGGUUGGAGGACAAGCUGAAUGAGCGAUUCAUCUUCAAGAACCCCAACAUCACUGAGCAAUGUGGUUGCGGCGAGUCCUUCAGCGUAUCAUGAUACCCUUACGAUUCCAUCACUAUGCAUUAGAGGAGCAUUACCGGCGUUGCAUCUUGGGCGUUACAUAUACAUAUGGCAUAAUUGGAUUAUCAUCAUCACAGAGUGUAGUGCGCUUGCUACCUCAUUUUCGACACGAUAUUUACAUCCUCCCUGGUUCAUAAUCAAAGACCUUGACGCCAUUCGCCACUCCUCCGGCGAACUUGACGAAUUCUUGGUGCGCGGGAUCUUUGUACACGUAGUAGUCGCGGUCCUCUUCAUUGUCAAACUCAACUACGAAACCGUGGGUCGAAUUGCCGCUGUGACCUUCAGGGCUAUUGUUCUUGCCACCAGAGAAGGACUUGAUGUAUGGCUUCUGAGAUGUUGGGUGAAUGCACUGGUCUUUGAGGCCCAGCAUACGAUUGCACGCCUAUGAA